AUCCGUAGUCUGGCAUAGUCCUCCACGUACUGUGUCGUUAGUCGCCGUCGAACAGUUUUAUAGUGCGAUAAUGCGCGGUGCGUUUUGACGAGAGACUUUUGGAACCCUCUAAAAAAAAACAAACCGGCACAAGUUUGCUACGACAUCUUCCCUCAUUCUGAAAGUUUUUGGUUCGGUGUUUCGAACUCAGGAACAUAAAAAAAUUCGAAUAAUUUCCGAUCGGUAAAUGGUCUAUUUAUUUAGCUUGGAUUUAGAACAGAUGUCAUUUUUUGGGUACGUACCAGAAACCUGCAAGGUCAAGGUGGCAGCUGUGCCAAUCCCUUAACGAGGCACCAAAUUCCCCUAAAUUAUAAAUAAAUAUUAGGUAUCACGUAACAAACCGCGGCGGAAAUUGUUUAAAACAUUUUUUUUGUCGAGUAGGCUUCGGUCCCCGAAGGUCGCCAUGAUAUUGCCAAAUUUUAUAGCCGCAAUUACUAUAAACAUACUAAUCUCACCUUGAGCUUUGAGAGAAUAGCUUGAAAUAAAUACCUUACACAUUUUCUAAAGGAAAAAAGACGCGUUAUGCGCCCGAGCUGUUUUUUUAAGUUCUGCAGGUGAUUCCCUAAUUGUUGAUCUUUCUGGUAAGACGCUUGAAAGGUAAAACUUUCCACAUUUUUGUUGUUUGAAAGAAAAUAAGAGUUUCAAAUAACUACAUUUUUUAAAAGAUUGAUUUAUCAAAAAUUAUAUGCAGUUAACUGAGCAAAAGUUAAAAUUAAUCACUUGUCUCCAUCAGAUCGUUUUCCCAUCAGGUCUAAGUAUUUAAAUUAUAAGGCUUAAUCUAUAGAACUUACCUGACACAACUUUCAAAAAUACUGUUGACCGGGUAACUAAAAACUGAUAUCGCUGGACAUGAUUGAAAAAUAUCUUUUUUAUAUUCUUCUUAUUAUAUGAAUAAAAAUACCAAAAUGAGGCACCAAUAAAAAACAUAAAUAAUUACCAAUCUAAAUAAUGCUGAGAAAAGUGUUCUUGUGAUGUAUUCACAGUAAAAUCAUUUUAUUAUUUUAGGGAGAAUUUAAAGAAAAAAUAAAAUUUCGUGCCAAAUCUGUGUAGUUGUAAUAUAAUAAUCAACCAUCAACCAUUCUACAAAAAUGAGGCACUAACACUGUGAAAUAUGUUCUUUUGAUGUAUUCACAAUAAAACCAUUUUAUUAUUAUUUUAAGGAGAAUUUAAGGAAAAAAUAAGAUUUCGCGUCAAAUCUAUGCAGUUAUACUAUAAUAAUCAACCAUCCAACCGUUCUACAAAAAUCAUCAAUGAAAAACAUAAAUAAUUACCAAUAUAAUUAAAUAAUAGUUUUUCCUUCCCAUAUCACCGACACCCACACCUUCUAUAGAAAAUAAUGAAAAUUUUCAACCUUAAAUUAUGUAAGUAAACAAAUACCACAACGGAUUAAAUUUAAAGACUUACAACUUCACGGAGUCUAAAAAACAAAAGAUUACAAAGCACCAUAAAGCCCCACGAGUUAAAUGAGAACAUAAUUAUGUCUUUUAAUUACAAGAAAGAUGGAUUAGAAAAAAAUAUAGUCUACCCAAUUAUUUUAAAAGUAUUUUGCUACAAAAUAAAUUUCUACAAAUUUUAUGAUAAAAGUUAAAUACAAUAUUUAUCUUCAUUCGUGAUUUUGUUCGGUGUAGCUUUGGGAAGGCAUACUUACCCAUACCUGACUUGACAUAUUUUAAUAGUUUAUGAUUAAUUGGCUUACUAAUUUUAUUUAUUCGGCGUUUGUUCGCAAGUAGCUUUGGGAAGCGCAAAUCCUUACAUCAUGAUGCGGUGUUCAUCUUCAACAUUUUCUUUGGUGAUAACUAAGUUAUCACCAGAGUUGCACAGUGUUAGUAUAAUUCAAGCUAAAUAAACUUGACUUUUGAAGGAUGUUGACGACUGAUUGGCACUCGAAUUGUAUUUAUGAAUGACUUGUCGGCUAUAAGAAACACCGAAUCUUAAUUUUUAUAGUGCGAACGAAGUGAAUUCGAACAACUAAAACUGCAAUUGUACCAUUGGCCUUUAGAAUAUUCUUGUAGCUUUUUAGUGUAUUUUUUGUUCUAACUAAUCCUGUAAGAAACACCUCACCAACAUUUUUGCAUUGCGAAAGAUUCACUGUUACAAUUAAAACUCUAAUUCUUCCAGGACCUUCCAUUUUAUAACGUAAAUUUUUGUCGUUGUUUUUUCAAUUGUUCCUCUUCUUACAAAAAAUACCAAUGAUCAAUUCCCAAAACAAAAUGCCCGCCUGUAUCUACUUCUAUGUUGUUCAAUUUGUCUUCGUAUGGACUAUAUCUAUUUCGGUCUAGGUAUUUCGAAAUAGGCCUACUAUAUAGACCUCGCGGAAACAAUGUAACCGCAAAAUUAAAAUGUUGACUUUGAUGAAACGCGAAGCCCGGUUUAUCAACAAAACUGCAAUCUUGCAAAUAUUUGCAAAUAAAAAAAAAAUGUUUACUUUGGCGAGGAUCUGAACGCGCCUGAGGAUGAUUUAUUUUUAAAACGUCUCGCGUCUGGUGCUUCGACAACAUCGAUAUUAAGUCGUUUCGUCUGGACAGGAUUCGUCUAUAUAUUUUUUGUGAUAGUAUCGACCGGUCUGUGAUAAAGUUUUGGUGAGAAAAAUGAUGAAGAAGGAAAAACCGAUGAUGUCAGUGACGGCGAUUAUACAGGGUGCCCAGGCCCAGCAUUGGAGCAGGGGACUGACUGGAUUCGGUGGUUCUCAGAUGCAAUUAGGUUACCCGUAUGCAAAUGGUCUCAGUCUCGAACAAAACAUCAGUUUGGGCGCCUUGGGCCCCCAGUCCCCUUUGGAAAUGAAGCCAGACACCGCAGCUUUAGACCAGUUCAGCCCUCAAGGGCCGAACAGUCCCAACUCCUUCACGUUGGGUCACACGGGCUUGCUGAGUCCCUCUCCGGGGAGCGGAGGAGGACCGAAAAGCCAGGGCAGCCCUUAUCCUCCAAAUCAUCCCUUGAGCGGGUCGAAACAUCUGUGUUCCAUUUGCGGAGAUAGGGCAAGCGGAAAACAUUAUGGGGUAUACAGCUGCGAAGGAUGCAAAGGAUUUUUCAAGAGGACAGUUCGGAAAGACUUGUCUUAUGCUUGUCGGGAGGAGAAGAACUGCAUAAUUGACAAACGACAAAGGAAUAGAUGCCAAUAUUGUCGUUACCAAAAAUGCUUGAAUAUGGGUAUGAAACGAGAGGCUGUGCAAGAAGAAAGGCAACGUACAAAAGACAGGGACACGUCGGAAGUGGAAUCCACGUCCAAUUUGCAAGUGGAAAUGCCGCUCGAACGACUGUUGGAGGCGGAGAAAAGAGUCGAAUGUAACGAGCCGCCAGGACCCACGGAGAAUAUUGACAGUUUAAUUCAGCAGGUGUCCAACACUCGCCUCUUACAGCUCCUCGAGUGGGUAAAAAUUGUCCCUCACUUCACGUCAUUAACAAUAGCCGACCAGAUCCUUUUAUUGAAAUCAAGCUGGAACGAGUUGCAAGUGAUAUCGAUGGCGUUCCGUUCGUUGGGACAAGACGGCGUGUUGUUGUGCAACGGGGUAACUUUAAAUAAGGGAACUGCUCAUUCUCUCGGGUUGUUAAACGUUUUUGAAUGGCUUUUGGAUUUCACCAACAAAUUUCGAGAAAUUCGGGUGGAUAAAACGGAGCUGGCAUGUCUGCGGGCCAUUAUUCUGUUCAAUCCAGAAUUGCGAGGCCUUAUGUGCAAAGAUGACGUAAACAUAUUGCGCGAGAAGGUGUACGAAGUGAUGGAGGAGUAUAUCCGAACGACAUAUCCAUCGGAAACUGGACGCUUUGCAAAAUUGUUACUCCGUUUACCGGUUCUGCGAUCCAUCGGACUUAAGUGCGUUAACCAUUUGUUUUUCAGUCAGUUGGGGCACGGUAUGACCCUCGACAUAUUCUUAACCGAAAUGUUGGAAAAUCGAAAUCAAUAGGGAAGCACGACCUGCGAAAGAAAAUCAUUUUUAGGUCCCAGAGGUUAGUUUAUGACCAUCGAAAAAUUAAAAUUAAGAGCCUUAAUUUUUAUUGAUGAAAGGCGGGAUGUGCGUUGCAGUAUUUCUUAUUUAUUAUUUUUAUUUUGCGAAGAAGCAACUUGAAAUAUUUUUAGUUUUAACGAUAUUGGAAUGUCACUGUAGUUUUUAAUUAGGGAGGACACAUUCCAUUGUCGAGGUGCUUUCUAAGGUUAGGGUUGAGUCUCACGUAAAACCUCUGAUACCUAAAACGAGAGAUUAGCCUCAGUCUCUUAUUUUCAAGGGAUGAAUGGUACUUUUUUGAAAUGCGCAAGUUUUCUAUGUUGUAAUAUAUUUAUUUGGUCUUUGAGUUUUGAAACCCACUUUAGCGUUUUACAAAUCUGUGAUUUAUAUUAAAUAAACAUCUUGGUUUUUCUAUUCUGGAAGUUGGUAUUAUUAGAUUAUACAUAUAACGUAUGUUUAUAGUUUAUAUUGCACUCAGAGUACACAACUUUUUAAAAAUCUCUCUGUGGUCGAUGGGUUUAUUGAGUAUAACCUAUGUAUAAAGUUUUGUAAAAAUAUUGUUGACAGCAAAAUAAAAGAGGGUAGUUAGCGAGAGAAACCUUGUUAUCGCCGGUUGGUUGUGUUUAAUCAAAAUUUUAUAUAAACUUUUUGAUACUUAGAACUAUAUUUAUUCUAAUUUAUGAGUACUCUACUGUAACAAUGUGUUAAGUUUUAUUGCAGCAGUUGACUGCUUCGAGAUGAACUUUUCUCAUAAAAUAAAUUAUAGAAGUAGAUCUCUUAUGCAUUAAUAACAACAUUUAUCGUUACUGGAAGAUUAUAACUGUUCAAUGUUGAAAAUAUGUUUUAUUUCCCGAUUAAAUCUUUGAAAAAAAUUAUUUCUUAUGUAGUCUAUGAUGUUUUCGAUUUACUAUGUAAAA